AUUCACAUCUGCAUAUAUAUAAUUUAGAAGUUAGACUCAGAUUCCCGACCUCUCCUGGAAAAAAGGAUGGAGUCAGGGAAAUCAAUUGAGAAACAAAACGAUGUCGUGGUAAGACUAGCUAAGCAAGUUAUCGAUACCGUUGCCAAUGGCUUCAAUCUUGUCUUUUCACCGACGUCAAUUAACGUACUGCUCAGUCUCAUUGCCGCCGGUUCUAACUCUGUCACCAAAGAACAAAUCCUCUCAUUCCUCAUGUCACCGUCAACGGAUCACCUCAACUCAGCCUUGGCCAAGCUCACCGAUGGGGGCACUGAGAGAAGUGAUUUGUGCUUAUCUGCGGCUAACGGUGUAUGGAUGGACAAAUCUGUUUCUUUGAAGCCUUCCUUUAAAGAGCUUUUGGAGAACUCUUACAAUGCUACUUGUAGUCAAGUUGACUUUGCUACCAAGCCUGGUGAAGUGAUUGAUGAGGUAAAUACAUGGGCUGAUGUCCACACCAAUGGACUAAUCAAAGAUAUUCUUUCACGCGAUUGUAUGGAGACUAUAGAGACCAUCCGUAGUAGCACACUUAUUCUAGCAAAUGCAGUCUACUUCAAAGCAUCAUGGGGUAGAAAAUUUGAUGCAAAUUUGACAAAAGAUAAUGAUUUUCAUCUUCUUGAUGGUAACACGGUGAAAGUCCCAUUCAUGACCAGUUACAAAGACCAAUAUCUAAGAGGCUAUGAUGGUUUCCAAGUUUUACGCCUCCCUUAUGUAGAGGAUCAACGUCAAUUCUCCAUGUACAUUUAUCUUCCUAAUGAUAAAGAUGGAUUAGCUGCUUUGCUUGAGAACAUAAGCUCGGAACCAGGAUUUCUUGAUAACCAUAUUCCACUCCAUCGUAUAUCAGUAGAUGCUUUCAGAAUUCCAAAGUUUAACUUCUCUUUUGAGUUUACAGCUUCAAAGGUUUUGAAAGAAAUGGGACUGAAUUUGCCUUUUAGUGAUGAAGGUAAUUUAACUGAGAUGGUUGAUUCGUCUUGGAAAGGUGACAGCCUGUACGUUUCAAGCAUACUUCAUAAAGCUUGCAUUGAGGUGGAUGAGGAGGGAACCGAAGCUGCAGCCGUCUCCGUUGCCAUCAUGGUGCCCCAAUGUUUGAUGCGGAACCCGGAUUUCAUAGCUGACCAUCCAUUUCUAUUCACGGUGAAAGAAGAUAAGAGUGGAGUUAUUUUGUUCAUGGGUCAAGUUCUUGAUCCUUCUAAACAAUGAUUGUAUUUUGUGGUGUGACGAUGACCAGACUAAGUCUCUUUCUCAAUUUACGUUUUGGAUAAUAAUAAUAACAGAGCCUUGUUCGGAUUCCAAUGAUGUAGGAACCACUGCUCUUUGUGUGCUUUUUUCCAUUAUGUGUCCUACUACCAAGUGAAAGAACAUUAAGUAGUAUGUUUGUUGUAUUUUGUGUCUAUUUCUGGUAUGAUGGAACUAAGUUUGGUGGUCCUACUUA